GAGGAAGGGGGGCGGAGAGCGCUCCGAUCGGUCCUAAGCAUCGCCUGCGGUUCAACGGUCCCGGUCCGAAGCAUCGCCCGGAGGCGAAUGCAAACGUCGUCGCCGUGGCAACGCAGCACUUCCGGCGGCGGUUUGAAUCCUGGUGACGUCACAAAGAUUUCAUAUCUUGGUAAAAGCUUUAAAGUGACCUCCCUCAGUAUGGAUCAAGACUAUGAAAGGCGCCUUCUAAGACAAAUUAAUGUACAGAAUGAAAAUACAGUACCUUGUAUAUCAGAAGUUAGGAGAACAUUAACACCAUCCAAUUCACCAGUAUCAUCACCAAGUAAAAGUGGGGACCGAUUUAUUCCAUCAAGAGCAGCAGCUAACUGGAGUAUAAACUUCCACAGAAUAAAUGAAAAUGAAAAGUCACCCAGCCAAAACAGAAAAGCUAAAGAUGUAACCUCUGACACUGGCAAAGAUGGGCUUGCUUACUCUGCAUUGCUGAGAAAUGAGCUGCUUGGAGCAGGGAUUGAAAAGGUUCAGGACCCUCAGACUGAAGAUAGAAGGCUACAGCCUUCAACCCCUGAAAAGAAAAGUUUAUUUAAGUACUCUCUUAGCACAAAGCGUGCAAAUCCUGAUGAUGGAAAUGAUAUAUCUCCUUAUUCCUUAUCUCCAGUUAGCAAUAAAAGCCAAAAAUUGUUGCGAUCGCCAAGGAAACCUACUAGAAAAAUCUCAAAGAUUCCAUUUAAAGUUCUUGAUGCACCAGAAUUGCAGGAUGACUUUUACUUAAAUCUUGUCGACUGGUCUUCUCUAAAUGUAUUGAGUGUUGGUCUGGGCACCUGCGUGUACCUUUGGAGUGCCUGUACGAGCCAGGUGACCAGACUGUGUGACCUUUCUAUAGAUGGAGAUUCUGUGACAUCGGUUGGCUGGUCAGAGAGAGGAAACUUGGUAGCAGUUGGAACGCACAAAGGAUACGUUCAAAUUUGGGAUGCAGCUGCGGGGAAGAAAUUAUCCACACUUGAAGGUCACUCUGCCAGAGUGGGAGCGUUAGCCUGGAAUGCUGAUCAGCUGUCGUCAGGAAGCAGGGAUCGUCUUAUUCUCCAGAGAGACAUCCGCACCCCACCGCUGCAAUCCGAGCGGCGACUACAGGGUCACAGGCAGGAAGUUUGUGGUUUGAAGUGGUCAACGGAUCACCAGCUCCUGGCUUCUGGAGGAAAUGACAAUAAGCUUCUGGUAUGGAACAACUCCAGUUCAGGUCCAGUACAGCAGUAUACAGAGCAUCUUGCAGCCGUGAAAGCCAUUGCCUGGUCUCCCCAUCAACACGGUCUCCUUGCAUCUGGUGGUGGAACUGCAGACCGGUGCAUUCGAUUCUGGAAUACCCUGACCUCUCAGCCUUUGCAGUGUAUAGAUACAGGUUCCCAGGUGUGCAACCUUGCCUGGUCCAAACAUGCCAAUGAACUAGUGAGUACUCAUGGAUAUUCACAAAAUCAAAUUCUAGUGUGGAAGUAUCCAUCAUUGACACAAGUAGCCAAAUUAACUGGCCAUUCAUACAGAGUGCUAUACUUGGCCAUGUCCCCAGAUGGAGAAGCCAUUGUCACUGGUGCUGGAGAUGAAACGCUCCGAUUCUGGAAUGUUUUUAGUAAAACUCGUUCAACUAAGGAGUCCAUAUCUGUGCUAAAUCUUUUUACGAGGAUACGAUGAUUUGAGGAAUAAUGUUAAAUGGGGGAGAUGGCAACAGUCCCAUAAAUAUACAAGAAAUUGUUUCAUCAUGCUGGCACUGAUUUUUUUCAUAUGGAUGGAUCUCAGAGGACUUUUUGAAGGAUCUUGCUGCUCAUUCCAAACAGCUCGGAUUUAAAAAAAAAUGUUUGCAAUUAUGUUUGUUUACAAAGAACUGUUUGAAAAGACUGCCAAAGGUCUUGAAUUAGGUCUAGUUAAGUGCUACCUUCGAAUUUUCUUUGUACAGUUUAUAUAAAAAGCCAGCUAAUUUUCACUGUCAGAUUAAAAAAAAAAGUGAUGUGGAUAACAUUUUAUUUAGUGUUAAUUGUAAAUAUUUGGUUGAUGUAGGAAAUGUACAUUAAAUAUCGUUCUGUAGAAAUGCCGUGAAAAUGCUAAUCAAAGCUUGAUUAUGGUGAUAAGCAUAAUGCUUAAAUCGGAAUAGUGGACUUUCCUGUGUGCCUACAUAUAUAUAAUAUAUAUAUAUAGAAACUUAUGCAAAGAUUUUCAAAACAUUAAGCAGGAAGAAUACUUCAAUUAAGUAUUGUUGUUAAAAAUUCUGGCUACUGAAGAUUAACAUCAUGUUGAAUGACACAAAAUAGUAAUCAUAUUUUAAAUUAAUAAUUGGCUAAAAUUCUAAUACUGGUUAUAAGCAUUCAUUGAAGCAUAAACCUGAAAAUUUGCAGGAGGAUUAAAAGGUCUUUCUGCUUAUAAUGUUGAUAAUACUUUUGUCUCAAACUACAAAUACAGAUGGGAAAGCACUUGAAUUUUUUAAACUUUGUCAGUGGCGACCAUUGCUAAAACUGUUGAUGUUUGUACACUCUUUUCUUAUUUUAUGCCAUCUGUGAUCUUUUAUUCCACUGUAAAACUACUCUCGCUAUUCUGUAAUAGCAAGUGAAUGCAAUAGCACCUACUGAUGCACAAUGAAAAUGAGUAAAGAUGUUGAAAAUCUUAAAAUUGGUGUUACACAAUAUGACUGUAAAUUGUAAAAUCAGCAAGAUGACUUGACAAGUUUACUCAUGUACAAGACUUGGCUAAUACAUUUCAAAACAGGAAUUGUACAGUUACAUGUUGAUAGAAACAGGAAAAAUCCAAUACUGUAUUACAAUGUUGUGGAUUGCUUUCAUUUAAUAUUUAUAAUGCUUCAUUCCCUGACUUUUUAAAAAAAAAUAAUAAUAAUUGGUCAUUUUUUAAUACCCGAGAACCUGAAAUUUGGAUGGAUCCUGUAAAUGACUUCAAAGGAUCAUGUAAGGAGGCAAAAAAUAGAAAAUAAGAGCUGAAGUUAAGCAUAUUGGCCUUCUAAUCAUCUCUGUGAGCCUGUCCACUUUCCAGCCCAUCCCUGAUCCCCCCCCCCCCAUCCCUUGUUUCGCUCAGUCUAGAUAUGCUCAAUUAUUGAGUACCAACAGUCAUUGUACAUAAAUAAUGUACAAAAUACUCAACCUUCCUUAAAGAAAUGUCUUCUUAAACCCCUAGUCCUCUGACCAUUGGCUGAGAUGACCCACAGAGAACACACCCUAUCUGUAACUUGCUGUUGAGCCUGUCCUUUGACAGCCGCUAUUGCAGUUUGCAACUCCAAUUCUUGUGUUGUCUGUAAAUUUACUAACCAGCUCAUCUAUAUUUUUGCCCUACAUAUCACAAACAGCAGAGGUCCCAGCACUGAUCCCUAUGGAACUUACUAGCUACAGACCUCCAGCCAGAAUAACACCCUACCACCAUGACCCUUGGUUUUCUAUGGGUAAUACAGUUCUGAAUCCAAACUAUCAAGUCACUGUGGAUCCCAUGCAUCAUAAUCUCUGUCGGCCUCUUAAAGCUGAAGGACCUUGUAAAAUACCUUAAAGUCCAUGUAGACAACAUCAACUGCCCUAGUAAUAUCACUCACUUUUAUCAUUGCCUCAAAAUGUUUGUAAGACCCCACACACAGCAACACUGCUUCUCCCUAAUUAGCUCAUUUUCUAACUAUGAAUAAAUCCUACCUCUAAGAAUCUUUUCCAAAGCUUCCCUACCUCUGAUGAUUCCCAGCCUAUAAUUUCCUGGAUUAUCUCUAUUCGCCUCUUAAAUAAAGGGACAUCAUUAUCUACUUUCUAGUCCUCCGGGAUUUUGCCAGUGGAUAGAGAGGAUGCAAAGAUCUAAAAAGGUCCCAGCAAUCUCCUUUCAAUAGAUCCCAUUAGGCCCUAGGGAUUAGCCACCUAAAUGUUCUUUAAGAGACCCAACAUCACCUUGAUGUCAAAGUAUCUUGACAUAUUAGCAUGAUCAUAACAUUCUGCAUGUCCAUCCUCUUGGUGAAUACCAAUGCAAAAAUAUUUUGUAUUAAUGCCUACAUCCAUUGACUCCAAGGAUACAUUUUUCUCCUUUAACCUUGACUGGUUCUACCCUCUCCCUCGUUACACUUUUGUUUUUUAGUAUAUGUAAACCAUGCCUUGAGAUUCUCUUUAAUCCAACUUGCCAAUGACAUUUCAUAGCCCCCUCCUAAUUCCCCGCUUGAGUUCUUUCCUGCUUUCUUUAUAUUCUUCAAAGGCCCUGUCUGAUUUAAUCUUCCAAUACCUUACAUAUGCUUCCUUUUACAUUUUGACCAAAUUUACGACCCCUCUCGUUAUCCAAGGUUCCAUUACUGUGCCAAUCCUCCCUUCUUAUUGCAACAUGCCGGCCCUGAACUUUGAUCAGCUAGUCUUUAAACAAUUCCGCAAGUCAGAUGUGGACUUGCCCUAUCACAGCUGCUCCCAAUUUACACCUGAGGUGUGAAAUUUCUUUAUUCAGUGGAUUGUACAUUUUUUAAAUUUUUUACCCUAAUGCUUGCCCAUGUUCACAUAUUUAAAGGAAAUAAAGAAUUUUGGACACAGAA